AUGAAUGACCUCUCCAAAAUAUACGAACUUGAACAGAAGGCAGAGAGGGCAACACUUUUAAACAAAAUUGAUGAUGCAAUAUUAUAUCAUUCGACUGCAUCAGACAAUAUUGCAAGUAUCAUAGAUUCUAAAUUUUCAGAGGAUGACGAUGAGAAUUCUAACAUAUCAUCCGAUUGGAACAAUACCAAAAGCACGCUAGAAGUAUUGAAAAAGCAAAUUUUACAAAGAGUGACACAGCUAAAAGCAUACAGAGUUGAAUAUGAGGCCUUGAAGAAGAAGCGUGAAUCAAACAAACAAACAAAAAAAGACAAAGCUGAAGGAAAUGCAAAUUCUAAGGGGAACAGAAAUGGUAAAAUACUCAACACAGAGAAUACAUCAUUACAAUUGGGAGCAUUCAUAAAUAAAAUAAACACUGCCUUGAUCAGUACACUGAACAUUGAUGCCAUUCACGAUCUGAAUUUAGAUAGAUUACCCUACAUAAACGGUGAGAAGAUAAACUCAAUUGAGCACGAACUUCAGCUACUCAACUUCAAGGAAAAUUAUAUGAAACGGUCGCAAUUAAGCCUGGAUGAAUUGAUAUUACGGAACAAGCUCAUCUCACGACUGAACUCAUAUUAUAGAAAUGAGUUGAUUGCCAAUCGUCAGUUUGUAAGCCGUGUUAUAUCUGCUGUUCGAUCGGCGGAUAAAAGCGCAGAAAAAGCUAAAUCACACAAUGGUGACGCACCUCCCUAUCGUAAUAUAAUUGCGGAUCUUCAAAAAAGAAUCUCGGAUCUUGAAACGAGCAAUGAUGAGGCACAAAAUGAGGUAGCUGUUCUCAAAGAGAGAUGGAACAAUCUUGUAAAGACGGCAAGGAGGAAAAAAGAUCAACAAGUGAAUUUAGAAAAACAACGCAGGGAAUCUACAGGGUAA